AUGAAACUCGACGCGCAUGCAGUUGCUUCUUCUUCUCCACACAAGAGAACAAAGUCCACCACUCUUCUUUUUCGAUCUUCAGUGAACGUUGGAGGCACAAGAAGUUUCCGAAUGCGGAUUCGCCGACCAAGGUUGCCUUUCCUUACUCUCUCUGUCGUCUUCUUCAUCGACCCUCCACCACAGCUCUUUUACCGACGACACCGCGCGAUAAAAUCUAGCCGAGGGUCUCUGUCUGUCCUUCUCCCUUUUUCUCUUUCAUUUAUCUCCAUUCGCAAACCUGCUCACUCAUCGCGGAGAGAACAGCGUCUGCGCUUUCGGGCAUAUGCGUUCAUCGGACUUUUCCUUUCUGCCUGUCCUGUCGCUUGUCUCUUCCCUGUUUCGUCUUGUCUCUGGAGUCUCGCACCGCGUCUCCCUUUUCCUCUCUCUUGUCUGUCUUCUUGUCCUUUUUUUUGUCAUUCUCUGGCCUUCCUCUUCUUUCUUCUCCUCACUGCCUUCUCUUCUCUGUCUUCUCCUCUCUUUCUCCCUCUUCUCUCCUCUCUUCGUUUCUUUUCCUCUGUCUCUACGUUCCUUUUCCUCUGUCUCUCCGUUCCUUUUCCUCUGUCUCUCCGUUUGCUUCUCUCCCUUUGUCCACUUGUAAACCUCUUCUGUUUCUUCUCUCUCUUAUGGUUCCGUCUGUUCUCGUUCUCCUUUCUUCGAUGCCCGUUUCUUUGCUUUUCGCGGCCGGUCUCCAAGAUGGACUUCGACGCCUCACAGGCAGCGCGUUUCCUCUUUGAAGGCUCAGAGAGCGAAGGCGAAGAUGAAUUUUUCGACGACCUCCUCCGUCUUGACGAACGAAGCGGCGCGCCGUCUGCACAGGUCGCUUCGCAGUCGGAGGACGCCGGCGACUUCGCGGACGAAAGCCUUCCGCGCGGCCGACUGAUCGCGCCUCGCGAGGAAAUUGUGCUGUUCUGCAUCGACUGUCUGGACGUCGAGAACCUGUUUCGGCGAACGCGGCCGAGGCCUUUAGAGACAGACAGCGAACGCGAAGAAGGCGCUGCGGAGACCAAGCUCGUUCCCUGGGAGGAAAUCAUCACUGCGUGUACGACGUUCGUGAGAAGGAAGAUCGUCUCCGGGCAGCGGCUCCUUUUCGGAGUCUUUCUUGUGGGGACGGGCGCCAGCGAAAACGCGCUCGGCUUCCCUCACAUUUCUGCGGCGCUCCCAGUCGACGAGGUGGAUGUCCAGACCAUUCUCCGUCUCCAAGCGCUCUCCCGGCUCUCCGAAGAAGACUUUCGCACGCAGUUCGGAGACUCCCUUUCUCGCGCAAGUCCAGAGUGCCCUCCUCUCGCCGACGUCUUCUGGGUCUUGAGUCAUGCGCUGAGUGCGGGGACUCGACGCCGAGGCGCGCGGGCGUUGAUUCAACAAAGAAUUAUUCUUUUUACUUCGAACGACUCGCCUUGUCCGACGGGCGCGCCAGAGGCCCUCGCCGCAGCCACUCAGAGACUCAGAGAUCUGCGGGAGGACGGCGUAGACGUGUGUCUUGUUCCUCUCGAAUUUCCAGGCACAGCGCCGUUUUCGAUGGAGACCUUUUGGGGAGACGCCCUGUGUCUGACGGACGACGAACUACGUGAGGGAGAGGGAUCUAACAAGAUGACGCCCACGGUGUCUGCUUACAAAAGCUACGUUCGUCUGCGAAUGGACGAACUCAAUGACAACGUUCGGUUGCUCGAUCGAACACAGAGAGUGCUGUCGACGGUGCCUCUCCACUUGCGUCCUUCGCUGCAACUGCCAGUGUGUCUGCUCAGCUCUGUUCGGCCGCAGCCGCUGCCAAGACCGCAUGCAGUUUUAACGGCUGACGAGAAACAGGAACCUCUGCGGCCGGGCCGCGCCGUCCAAAUUCUUCCAGGAACAGCGAAGUCGAGAGACGCACCGGGACAAGCCGUCUGGAAAACGAACUCGUCCAGAGCAGACGUCGUCCGAAGAGGCUACAAAGGCGACAGAGAACAGACAGAACAGACAGAACAGACAGACGAAGAGACAGAACAAGAAGGCGAACGAGACGGAGACCAAGAGGGAGAAGGAGAGGGAGAAGGAGAGGAGAGUGAGGAGAGUCGACUAUUGAGACGUUUGCAAUUGCUGGGUCCCGAGGCUGUCGGCUAUUACACCUUCGCUGGAGGGCAGAAGAUCGGACUUGAAUGGGGAGACAUUAAAGCAAUGAAAGAUUUCGGACCGCCAGGUUUGACUCUGCUCUGCUGUCUCCCAGCUGCGUCCCUUGACUUCGAGCUGACGACUGCAAGUCCUCUCUUCGUCACCACGGCGGCUGCUGCGGAGCGCGCUGCAGGGCGGACAGACUUCUCUGGAUUCAAAGACGAGCAAGAAAAACUUUUUUCUGCCUUCCUCAUGACGCUGUGCAAGCGUGAACUCGUGGCUGUCGCGCGUCUGGUGUCGAAACGAGGCUCACCUGUCUCUCUCGUCGCGCUUCUCCCACAGCUCGAGGAAGUGGACGAAGCCGGGAACACAGUGCAGGCGCCUGGGCUGCACUUGCUGCGGCUUCCGUUCGCAGAAGACAUUCGUCAAAUCGACUUUCCUUGGAGUUCUGCGGCAGGCUGCAGAGGCGACGGCGGACCCGCAGACUUGCAAGACAAAGCCGCGAGGAAAGAGGAAAACGAACGACGCAUUCAAGCAGCCAUGCGCGCGCUAAGCGCUUUCUCUGUCGAAGACUUCCAUCCUCACCAAUUGCGCAACGACGCGCUGCAGCGCCACUUUGCUCUUGUCGAGGCGUUCGCCCUGGGCGCCGAAGAGGCGGAGCUUCCUGCACCCACACUUGCCCCAGACUUGGACGUUCUCGACAACGCUGAGGACGCCAUUCGCGAGUGGAAAGAAAGCGUCUACGGAACGACGGACGAGGCCUAUGUGCCACCCACGCCGCGGUGGGUGGCGGGGACGCGUCGCGCGGACGCGCCGAAGACGUCUGGAAGCUCUCGGGAGCCGGCGAAGCGAAGCCCUGCGACUUCUGCUUCUUCGCAUCUGCCUCGACGAAAUGACGAGCUGAGGCUUCCCUCGCCACUCUCCCCGGACGACGGCGAGGCCGACGCAUGCGCGGGAGAGCAGAGACGGAAGCGGCGAAAGAGCAGCGAAGGCACCGCACGAGCAAUAGACCGUAGCAUCGUGACCGACGCCGAAUUCGAAACACUGUUCAGAGAAGACAGAGUCGCCUCUCUCACCGUCCCGCGCUUGACCGCGUGGAUCCGCAGACACGGUGCAACUCCGAAAACCAAGAAAGUAGACCUCGUCCUGCAAGCAGAAGCCAUCUGGGUGAACCGCAAAGAGUGACGCGCUCGAACCGCGGCUGUAUGUACACGUGGAGAAGCGGAGAGAGCGACAGAGAGAAGAAGGCAGAACGUAUAAAUGCAGAGCCGAGGAGAGAGAAACGGGCGACGGAAGCGGAAGGAGGCGAGGGGGAGAAAGAAGAUACGAAAGGCCAGUGUCUCUUGACUAGUUGUUGAGAAAGAGAGAGAAAGCAGGAGAGACCAGUGUCUCCUUAUUUCAGUUUUGAGAAAGAGAGAGGGGGAGAGAGAAAAACCAGCAAAGGCCAAUGUCUCUUGAGUGGUUUAUUGAGAGUCCAGUCGACCAGCAACUGCAUGACAGUUGAAAAGGACUCAGAGGUUCGGACAUGCAUAGGACGACGUGUCGGCAUCUUGUGAAGGCUAUGGAACGAAGAUUAGGACGGCAGUUCAGAGACUCUAAAAUCUGGCGCAAAUGUACACUUUUCAAUCCUUCUAUCAACAACAAA